GAGAUAAUAAGCACUGGUCACUUCACUUGCUUCGAACUAACCUGUUUUGUUGUGUGUCAUGGCGUCCGAGGGUAAAGGCGAUGCCGCCGCCGCCGGUGGGAGGAAGAGAAAACGCUACCUCCCUCACAAUAAGCCGGUGAAGAAGGGUUCGUAUCCAUUACACCCUGGAGUACAAGGGGUUUUCAUCACUUGUGAAGGAGGAAGGGAACACCAAGCCUCACGUGAAGCUCUCAAUAUUCUUGAAUCCUUUUAUGAAGACCUAGUUGAUGGGGAACACUUAAGUGUGAAAGAGUUACUUAAUAGGCCUAAAAAUAAAAAAAUUACGUUUGCAGAUUCUGACUCUUCUAGUAGUGGUGAUGAUGAGGAUGAUGAGGAGGAGGUGCAAGUUCAGGUUGGGGAGGGAGACGAGGCGAAUGGGGACAAAAAGCUGAAACUGGAUAGUUCUGUUGAUGAGCAUGCCGGUAUUGGUGAAAAAGCUGUGGGAGCGAAUGGGGCCGAAAAGCCGAAACUGGAUAGUUCUGUUGAUGAGAAUGCGGGUAUUGGUGGAAAAACUGAGGGAGACGAGGCGAAAGGAGACGAAAAGCCGAAACUGGAUAGUUCUGUUGAUGAGGAUGCCGGUAUUGGUGAAAAAGCUGAGGGAGAUGAGGCAAAUGGGGACAAAAUGCCAAAAAUGGAUAGUUCUGUUAAUGAGAAUGCCGGUCAUGACAAUGAAAUUGGAGGAAAAGAAAAUCCUCAUAAAAUUGAUGAUGUGCAUGCCGCCGCGGGAAAUAAAACUGAUGAUAAUGAAGGAGACAAUGACAAUAUUAAGACUAAGACAGCUAAUGAGCUACCAGUUGUGAAACAGUGCUGCAAAACAAAUGUUCCAGUGCAGGAUUCAAGUAAUAAAGUGGAGAAGUCUAUUGAUACGUUAAUUGAUGAAGAACUCAGAGAAUUGGGAGACAAGAAAAAGAGGCGCUUUGUAAAGCUCGAAUCAGGUUGUAAUGGUGUAGUAUUUAUUCAAAUGCGGAAGAAAGAUGGAGAUAAAAGUCCCAAGGAUAUAGUUCAUCGAAUAGUGACAUCAGCAGCAUCGACAAGAAAACAUAUGUCAAGGUUUAUUUUGAGAAUGUUGCCAAUCGAAGUGUCCUGUUAUGCUUCAAAGGAGGAAAUUUCAAGAGCAAUCAAACCUCUUGUGGAACAGAAUUUUCCUGUGCCAACUCAAAAACCACUCAAGUUUGCUGUAAUGUAUGAAGCCAGGGCAAAUACUGGUAUUGACAGGAUGGAAAUCAUUGAUGCUGUGGCGAAGUCAGUUCCUGGACCCCAUAAAGUUGAUCUAAAAAAUCCUGAUAAAACCAUAGUAGUUGAAAUUGCUAGGACUGUAUGCCUGAUCGGGAUCAUUGAGAAAUAUAAGGAAUUAUCAAAGUACAAUCUGAGGGAGUUGACAUCAAAGUAAAGUCUGAGCCUUCCAGAAACCCUGUAUGCUUCCUGUAUGCUUAUUGUUAUGGUGAAAUUGUAAUCGUUAACUUAUUUACACUUGACUUUCAACUGGCACUUGGAAAGUGGGGUUUUGGAAAGUGCUCAAUUGCUCUUGCAACUAGUUCUUUGAAUGUAAUCCAGUUCCCACAGCUCAAACGAGAAAUUAUUACGUAGCUAAUGCCUUAGCAUUGAGAAUAUUACUCAUAAAAGUUUUAGAAUUUCUCCGUGUUAAUUAUGCUUUGAAACUAUCCCAGAAAUUUGCAAUGUUAAUUAUGCUUUGAAACUGAUCCA